CCCCGCGCGGCGCUGCCGGGCAGCUAUAAAAGGAGCGGCGGGUUCGCGCCCCUCGCCUUGCAGCAGCUCCCGGGCGGCCGCGCAGCUCACCGCACUGCUCCGCGCCGCGGGGAGACCGCCGGGGCAGCCAGUGAAUGUCCAGCCACAGUGUCCCUGCCGUGUGCUGCUGCUGCUGCACAGGGGGAGCUUCCAGGGCUUGCUGAAGGAAGAUGGCUUUCUGGACACAGUUGGGAUUGCUGCUAUGGAAGAACUUCACGUACAGGAGAAGGCAGACAUUUCAGCUGCUGAUUGAAGUUGCUUGGCCUCUCUUUAUCUUCUUCAUACUGAUCUCCGUACGCCUUUCAUAUCCACCCUACGAACAACAUGAAUGUCACUUUCCAAACAAGGCAAUGCCUUCAGCGGGAACCUUGCCCUGGCUCCAAGGGAUUAUCUGUAAUGCCAACAACCCUUGCUUCCGCUACCCAACGCCCGGGGAAUCCCCAGGUGUCGUCGGAAACUUCAACAGGUCUAUCAUUUCCCGCUUGUUCUCUGAUGCCAAGAGGUUGCUCUUGUACAGCCAGAAGGACAGCAGCUUAAAGGAUGCUCAGAAACUCCUGGCAAAACUGCAGAAGCUUGGGAACUCUGGCUCAGGUUUGAAACUUCGGGAUUUCCUGGUCGACAACGAGACCUUCUCAGACUUUCUCCAUCAUAACGUUUCCAUGCCGUCGUUUGCUGUGGAUGAGAUACUGAAUGCAGAGGUCAACCUCAAGCAGGUCAUCCUGUCUGGCUAUAGAAUGGAGCUGAGAGAUCUGUGCAAUGCGUCAGAGCUGUCUGAAUUUGUUACAAUCCACAACCCGAUAGUCGCGGUGGUCAGCGAAGCUUUCCUUUGCACCAUGCCUAAGGAAAAACUCCACGCAGCUGAGCAAGCCUUUCGUGCUAAUAUAGACCUUUUGAAGCCUGUACUGAAAGGAAUCACCUCCAAUUCCUCCUUACAUGAUCUGUCAGGAGCCCUGGAAACCUUGGUGGAGAGUCUUGGGAAGCUCGUUCAAGAGCUGGUGAGCAUGAAGAGCUGGAGUGACAUGAGGCAGGAGGUGAUGUUUCUGACCAAUGUGAACUCCACAAGCGCCUCUACUCAGAUCUACCAAGCGGUGUCACGGAUUGUGUGUGGCCAUCCGGAGGGGGGAGGGUUGAAAAUCAAAUCUCUCAACUGGUAUGAGGACAACAACUACAAGGCCCUGUUUGGAGGCAACAGCACCGAGGAGGAUGCAGCUAAUUUCUAUGAUAAUUCUACAACACCCUACUGCAAUGAGCUGCUGAAGAGUCUUGAGUCCAGUCCGCUUUCCCGAAUUAUUUGGAGGGCUCUGAAGCCUUUGCUCAUUGGGAAGAUCCUGUACACUCCUGACACCCCGGUCACGAGGCGGGUCAUGACUGAGGUGAACAAGACUUUCCAGGAGCUGAGCGUGUUCCGGGACCUAGGAGGGAUGUGGGAGGAGAUAAGCCUGAAGAUUUGGACGUUCAUGGAAAGCAGCCAGGAAAUGGAUCUGAUCCGGACACUGCUGAAAAGCAAAGGCCUCUGGGACACUCACUUGAGCGGCUCAACAUGGACGAUUCAAGAUGUUUCCCUGUUCUUGGCAAAGUCCCCAGAAGACAUUCAGCCAGUGAAUGGCUUCACAUAUACCUGGAUGGAUGCCUUCAAUGAGACUGACCGGGCUGUCCAAACCAUCUCUCGCUUCAUGGAGUGUGUUAACCUGGACAAGCUGGAGCCUGUGGCCACAGAAGUGCGGCUCAUAAACAGGUCCAUGGAGCUCCUGGAGGAGAGGAAGUUCUGGGCUGGCAUUGUCUUCCCUGAAAUCACCUCAAACAGUGUAGAGCUGCCUCCUCACAUCAAGUACAAGAUACGGAUGGACAUAGACAAUGUGGAAAGGACAAACAAGAUUAAGGAUGGGUACUGGGACCCCGGUCCUCGUGCCGACCCCUUUGAAGACAUGCGGUAUGUCUGGGGCGGCUUUGUGUACUUGCAGGAUGUUGUGGAGCAGGCGAUCAUCAGGGCACUGACAGGCACAGAGAAGAAGACUGGUGUCUAUGUGCAGCAGAUGCCCUACCCCUGUUACGUGGAUGAUAUAUUCCUGCGUGUCAUGGGCCGUUCCAUGCCCCUCUUCAUGACUCUGGCUUGGAUCUACUCAGUGGCUGUAAUAAUCAAGGGGAUUGUGUACGAGAAGGAAGCCCGGCUGAAGGAGACCAUGAGAAUCAUGGGCCUGGACAAUGGUAUCCUCUGGUUCAGCUGGUUCAUCAGCAGCCUCAUCCCCCUCCUCAUGAGCGCUGGGCUUCUGGUGCUGAUCCUGAAGAUGGGAAACCUGCUGCCCUAUAGCGACCCCAGCGUGGUGUUUGUAUUCCUCUCCGUCUUCGCCGUGGUGACCAUCUUGCAGUGCUUCCUCAUCAGCACCAUGUUCUCCAGGGCCAACUUGGCAACAGCCUGUGGGGGGAUCAUCUAUUUCACCCUCUACCUUCCCUACGUGCUGUGCGUCGCCUGGCAGGACUAUGUGAGCGUCUCGCUGAAAAUGUUCGCGAGCCUACUGUCCCCGGUUGCCUUUGGGUUUGGCUGUGAGUACUUUGCAUUGUUUGAGGAGCAGGGAGUUGGCGUGCAGUGGGACAACCUCUUUGAAAGCCCCCUGGAAGAAGAUGGCUUCAACCUCACCACAUCUGCCUUCAUGAUGUUGUUUGAUACCUUCCUCUAUGGGGUUAUGACCUGGUACAUUGAGUCUGUCUUCCCAGGCCAGUACGGAAUUCCCAGGCCUUGGUACUUCCCCUUCACAAAGUCCUACUGGUUCGGUGAGGAAUAUGAGGAGAGGCGGCAUGCUCGUUCUGAUCACAAAGGGCCAUCGGAGAACUGCAUGGAGGAGGAACCCAAUCAUCUUAGCCUGGGGGUCUCCAUUCAGAACCUGGUGAAGAUUUAUCGUGAUGGCAAGAAGGUUGCUGUGGAUGGGCUUACACUGAAUUUCUUUGAAGGGCAGAUCACAUCCUUUCUGGGACACAAUGGAGCUGGGAAAACCACAACCAUGUCCAUCUUAACUGGCUUAUUUCCUCCGACCUCGGGCACGGCCUUCAUCCUGGGCAAAGAUAUCCGCUCCGAGCUCAGCACCAUCAGGCAGAACUUGGGUGUCUGUCCCCAGCACAAUGUCCUCUUUGACUUGCUGACUGUGGAAGAGCACAUCUGGUUCUACGCUCGUCUGAAAGGGCUGUCAGAAAAAAAGGUGAAAGAAGAGAUGCAGCAGAUGGUGAUGGAUGUUGGCCUGCCUCACAAACUCAAAGCUAGAACCAGCAAACUCUCUGGUGGCAUGCAGAGAAAGCUGUCUGUGGCCUUGGCCUUUGUGGGUGGAUCAAAGGUUGUCAUUUUGGACGAACCAACAGCUGGGGUGGAUCCUUACUCUCGCCGAGGGAUAUGGGAGCUGCUUCUGAAGUAUCGCCAAGGCCGCACCAUCAUUCUGUCUACACACCACAUGGAUGAGGCAGACAUCCUAGGGGACAGGAUCGCCAUCAUUUCUAAUGGCAAACUGUGUUGCGUUGGAUCUUCCCUGUUCCUGAAGAACCAGCUAGGAACAGGCUAUUACCUGACCCUGGUCAAGAAGGAUGUGGACUCUUCUCUGAGCUCCUGCAGAAACAGCAGCAGUACGGUGUCGUACCUGAAAAAGGACGACAGUGUCUCCCAGAGCAGCUCAGAUGCUGGGCUUGGCAGUGACCAUGAAAGUGACACCUUGACAGUAGACGUCUCUGUUAUCUCCAACCUCAUUAUGAAGCACGUUCCUGAGGCCAGGCUGGUAGAGGAGAUUGGCCAUGAGUUAACCUACGUCUUGCCGUAUGAAGCUGCAAGAGAGGGAGCUUUUGUGGAGCUGUUCCAUGAGAUCGACGACCGUCUCUCUGACCUGGGCAUCUCAAGUUACGGCAUCUCAGAGACUACCCUGGAGGAAAUCUUUCUCAAAGUGGCUGAAGAUACUGGGGUGGAUGCAGAGACCUCAGAUGGCACAUUACCUGCAAGAAGGAACAGGCGUGUGUUUGGAGACAGGCAGAGCUGCCUUCAUCCAUUCACGGAAGAUGAUGCUUUCGACCCUAAUGAUUCAGACAUAGAUCCAGAAUCCAGAGAGACAGACCUGCUCAGUGGGAUGGAUGGCAAAGGGUCCUACCAGAUGAAGGGCUGGAAGCUCAUCCGGCAGCAGUUCGUAGCUCUACUGUGGAAGAGGCUGCUCAUUGCCAAGCGCAGCAGGAAGGGUUUCUUCGCCCAGAUCGUACUGCCUGCCGUGUUUGUGUGCAUUGCUCUCAUGUUCAGCCUGAUUGUACCUCCCUUCGGGAAAUACCCCAGCCUGGAACUGCAGCCCUGGAUGUACGAGGAGCAGUAUACCUUUAUCAGCAAUGAUGCGCCAGACGAUGCAGGCACUCAGAAGCUUAUGAACACUCUUCUCAAUGAACCCGGCUUUGGGACCCGUUGUGUGGAAGGACAUUCCAUUCCAGACACUCCUUGCCUGGUCAGAGAGGAUGAAUGGACCACCGCCUCUGUCCCCGACACGGUCCUGGACAUCUUCCUGAAUGGCAACUGGACCAUGGAGAACCCCUCCCCAGCCUGCGAAUGCAGCAAUGAGAAGAUCAAGAAAAUGCUCCCUGUGUGCCCUCCUGGUGCAGGGGGGCUGCCUCCUCCACAGAGAGAACAGAACACUGGUGACAUCCUGCAGAACCUGACGGGCCGGAACAUAUCGGACUAUCUGGUGAAGACCUACGCACAGAUCAUUGGGAAAAGUUUAAGGAACAAGAUCUCGGUGAAUGAGUUCAGGUAUGGUGGGUUUUCAGUGGGUGCCAGCAGUUCCCUCCUGCUUCCUCCCAGUGAUGAAGUCAGUGAUGCCAUCAAGCAAGUGAAGAAAAUCUUGGAGGUAGCCAAGGGGAGUUCUGGAGAUCAGUUUCUUCACAGCUUAGGAAGCUUCAUGAAAGGGAUGGACACAAAAAACAACGUGAAGGUUUGGUUCAAUAACAAAGGCUGGCAUGCCAUUGGCUCCUUCCUGAAUGUGAUCAACAAUGCCAUCCUCCGGGCCAACCUUCAGGACGGCGAGAAUCCCAGCACCUACGGGAUCACCGCGUUCAACCACCCGCUCAACCUCACCAAGCAGCAGCUCUCCGAGGUCGCCCUGAUGACCACGUCGGUGGACGUUUUAGUCUCCAUCUGUGUGAUCUUCGCCAUGUCCUUCGUCCCAGCCAGCUUUGUGGUUUUCUUGAUCCAGGAGCGGGUCAGCAAGGCCAAGCACCUGCAGUUCAUCAGUGGAGUGAAACCGGUGAUCUACUGGCUGGCUAACUUCGUCUGGGAUAUGUGCAACUACAUAGUUCCAGCCACCUUGGUCAUCAUCAUCUUCAUCUGCUUCCAACAGAAGUCCUACGUGUCCUCUUCCAACCUGCCCGCGCUGGCCCUUCUCCUCCUGCUCUAUGGGUGGUCUAUAACACCACUCAUGUACCCAGCUUCCUUUGUGUUCAAGAUCCCCAGCACAGCCUACGUGGUGCUGACCAGUGUGAAUCUCUUCAUUGGCAUAAAUGGCAGCGUGGCCACUUUCGUCCUCGAGCUCUUCACCAACAAUAAGUUGAACAACAUCAAUGAAAUCCUGAAGUCUGUGUUCCUCAUCUUCCCCCACUUCUGCCUGGGGCGCGGACUGAUCGACAUGGUGAAAAAUCAGGCCAUGGCCGAUGCUUUGGAAAGGUUUGGCGAGAACCGUUUUGUGUCCCCUCUGUCCUGGGAUCUGGUGGGACGGAACCUCUUUGCCAUGGCUGUGGAAGGGGCAGUCUUCUUCCUUAUCACAGUGCUCAUCCAAUACAGGUUCUUCAUCAAACCGAGGCCUGUCAGUGCCAAGUUGCCUUCUGUGAAUGAUGAGGACGAGGAUGUGACGAGGGAGAGGCAGAGGAUAAUUAGUGGCGGUGGACAGAGUGACAUCCUUGAAAUCAAAGAGCUGACCAAGAUUUAUAGAAUGAAGAGAAAACCGGCUGUUGACCGGAUCUGUGUUGGAAUCCCUCCUGGGGAGUGCUUUGGCCUCCUGGGAGUGAAUGGCGCUGGCAAGUCAUCAACUUUCAAGAUGCUAACUGGAGAUACAGAUGUGACGGGAGGAGAAGCUUAUCUGAAGGGAAACAGUAUCUUGUCUAAUAUCCAAGGAGUCCAUCAGAACAUGGGCUAUUGCCCUCAGUUUGAUGCUAUUAAUGAGCUGCUGACAGGGAGAGAACAUCUGGAGUUCUUUGCACUUUUACGGGGUGUUCCUGAGAAAGAGGUCUGCCAGGUUGGCGAAUGGGCAAUUCGUAAACUGGGCCUUGUGAAAUAUGGAGAAAAAUAUGCUGGGAACUACAGUGGCGGCAACAGACGCAAGCUCUCCACUGCUGUUGCCCUGAUUGGGAGCCCUCCAGUGGUGUUCCUGUGA